CGCAAAGUCAAGGUUGUUGUCGAGCAGAAUGUCAUAGACAAGCCUUCUCCCGUUGAGGAAUUCCCUAUGCGCGCUUGGAGUAUGCGUUUGUUCAUACUCGACGACCAAGGUAAUGAGAGACCCGCCGACGUCUUUACCAAGGUCGUCUACAACCUGCACCCUACUUUUGAGAAUCCUGUUCAGACCUUCACCAAGCCUCCCUUUGUCUGCAGCAACGAGGGCUGGGGCGAGUUUGACAUCAGCAUCGACCUCUACACAACUGAAAAGACCAAGCUCGCCCCCAUCCUCCAGGACCUCAACUUCCUCCAGAACAAAUAUUCGGGCAUCCACGACGUCACCUUCAAGAACCCGUCGCAGGCCCUGCAGGAGCGUCUGCGCGAGACGGGCCCCCUGCCCAACGACGAGGACCGGCCGCGCAAGAAGGGUGUUGCCGGCGCCGUGUCGGGCGGCAAGAAGAGCAGCCAAAAGUUUGACUAUGAGAAGAUUGCCGAUGCCCUGCAGAGUCUCGAGGAGGAGGAUCUUCUCAAAGUCAUCCAGCUCAUCAAUGAGAACAAGGGGCCCGACACAUAUAUCCGCAGCGAUAUCGAAGUGGAUGACUUGCGUGAAGCUGGCGAGUUUUCGAUUGACCUGUAUACGAUGCCCGACGCACUCACAUCCAAGCUGUGGGAUAUGUUUAUGCAGACCAAGAAGGGAUUU